CGAAUUGUCAUAAUGCAUUCUCUUCUCAUGUCAUAGUGCAACUUUUCCUUUUCUUUGUAUCAAUUAUUUUGUGCAAUAAGGGUCCAUUAAUCAUUUUCUUCUUGGGCUACCUACACUAUAUGCACUUCCACUGCCAACCAUUCAAAAAUAGUACCUUACUGUUAUCCAUUCAUUCUUCAUACAUCUUAAUUUCCUUCAAAAUUCAGCUAUCAAUGGCUGCAACUUUGGUGGGAGGUGCUUUUCUCUCUGCAGCUGUUCAAACCUUAGUUGAGAAACUUGCUUCUAAAGACUUUAUUGAUUACAUCACAAACACCAAGCUAAAUAUCUCACUCUUUAGGCAGUUACAAACAAUAUUACUCACUCUGCAGGCUGUGCUGGAUGAUGCUGAAGACAAGCAGAUCAACAACGUUGCUGUCAAACAAUGGCUUGAUGACUUGAAAGUUACAGUCUUUGAUGCUGAGGAUUUGCUCAACCAAAUUACCUAUCAUUCUUUGAGAUCCAGAAUUGAGAAUACACAAGCUUCAAACAAAACUCAUCAGGUGUGGAACUUUCUUUCUUCUCCUUUUAGAAACAUCUACGGAGAGAUCAAUUCCGAAAUGAAGAUCAUGUGUGAAAAAGUACAACUUUUUGCACAGCAUAAAGAUAUCCUUGGUUUGCAAACUCAAACUUCUAGAGUUUCUCAUAGAACACCUUCAAGUUCAAGGAACAAUGAAUCUUUCAUGGUGGGAAGGAAUGAUGAGAAAGAUGGACUAAUCAGUACGCUCAUAUCAGACAGUGACACCAGCAGGCAUACUAAUUUAGGCGUUGUUGCAAUUUUGGGUAUGGGAGGUGUUGGUAAAACGACCCUAGCACAAGUUGUUUACAAUGAUAUAAAAGUUGAACAACAUUUUGAUCUCAAAGCAUGGAUUUGUGUAUCCGAGGAUUUCAAUGUUGUUAGAAUAACCAAGUCUCUCCUUGAAUGUGUUGUUAGAAAUACAACAUCCGUUAAUUCAAAUGUCUGGGAAAGUGAUAAUCUUGAUAUCCUUCAAGUUGAAUUAAUGAAACAUUUGAUGGAUAAAAGAUUUUUGUUUGUGUUGGACGACAUAUGGAAUGACAGUUAUAUUGAUUGGGAUGAUUUGAUGACACCCUUGAGUAAUCGAGGAGCUGGAAGCAUGGUGAUCAUAACGACACGGGAACAAAAAGUUGCAGAGGUUGCACACACAUUUCCAAUUCAGAAAUUAGAACCUCUAUCUGAUGAAGACUGUUGGUCUUUACUCUCAAAGCAUGCAUUUGGCAAUGAAGACCAUGUUCGCGAUAAAUACCAAAACCUAGAAGAAAUUGGCAGGAAGAUUGCUAGAAAAUGCGGUGGAUUGCCAAUAGCUGCCAAAACACUUGGAGGACUUAUGCGUUCAAAGGUAGUUGAAAAGGAGUGGACUUCAAUUCUGAAUAGCGACAUAUGGAACCUUCGAAAUGAUGCAAUUUUGCCUGCUUUGCACUUGAGUUAUCGAUAUCUUCCUUCUCAUUUGAAAAGAUGUUUUGCUUAUUGUUCUAUUUUUCCCAAGGAUUACCCACUUGAUAGGAAAAAAUUGGUUUUGUUAUGGAUGGCUGAAGGCUUCUUUGAUUAUUUUCAAGGAGAAAAGGCGGCAGAGGAAGUCGGUGAUGAUUGUUUUGCUGAAUUGUUAUCUAGAUCGUUAAUUCAACAAAUAAAUGAUGAUGCUCGUGGAGAAAAGUUUGUCAUGCAUGAUCUUGUCAACGAUUUAGCUUCAUUCAUAUCAGGAGAAAGUUGUGGUAGGCUUGAAUGUGGAUACAUCUCUAAAAAUGUUCGCCAUUUGUCAUAUAACCAAGAAGAGUAUGACAUUUUCAUCAAGUUUGAGAAUUUCUACAAUUUCAAAUGCUUGCGGAGCUUCCUGCCCAUUUACUUCUUACCCAAUUACUUAUGGAGAGCACAAAACUACUUAUCCCUCAAGGUGGUUCAUGAUUUAAUACCCACACUCAAAAGGUUGCGCAUGUUAUCACUAUCAACAUAUAGAAACAUCACAAAGUUGCCAGAUUCGAUUGGCAAUUUAGUGCAGUUGCGGUAUCUGGAUCUCUCCUUCACAAGAAUCAAAAGCUUGCCUCAUACUACAUGUAACCUUUAUAAUUUGCAAACCUUGCUUUUAUUUGGUUGUUGUGAUCUCACUGAAUUGCCACCGAAUAUGGGAAAUUUAAUAAAUUUACGCCAUCUUGAUAUAAGUGGGACAGAUAUAAAGGAGUUGCCUACAGAAAUUGGUGGACUAGAAAACCUUCAAACUCUAACUGUUUUUGUAGUGGGGAAGGGACAAGUAGGGUUAGGUAUGAAAGAGCUUAAGAAAUUCCCACACCUACAAGGAAAACUUACCAUCAAGAACCUGCAUAACGUCAUUGAUGCCAAGGAUGCACACUAUGCCAACCUGAAAAACAAAGAGCGGAUUGAAGAGUUAGAACUGCUAUGGGGAAAACAUAGUGAAGACUCACUAAAUGUGAAAGCUGUGCUUGAUAUGUUGCAACCACCAACGAAUCUGAAGAGCCUUAAAAUUGACUUGUAUGGUGGGACAAGCUUUCCGAGUUGGUUGGGAGAUUCUUCUUUUUCUAACAUGGUCUCCCUUUGCAUCAGUAAUUGUGAAUAUUGUGUGACGCUCCCACCGCUGGGGCAGCUACCUUCUCUCAAGGACCUUGAAAUAUGUGGCACGAAAAUGUUAGAGACAAUUGGUCCAGAAUUCUACUGCAUCCAGCCAAGAGAAUGUUCCGAUUCAUCGUUCCAGCCAUUCCCGUCCCUUGAAUGUCUUAAAAUUCACGACAUGCCAAACUUGAAGGUGUGGCUUCCCUUUGAAGGAAGCAAUUUUGCUUUUCCUCGUCUUAGAACUUUAAGGUUAUAUGACUGUCAUGAACUUAGGAGACAUUUGCCAAAUCAACUUUCUUCCAUAGAAGAAAUUGAAAUAAAAGGAUGUGCUCAUCUAUUGAAAAUACCACCUACAUUGCAUUGGCUAUCAUCAAUAAAGGUAAUGAAAAUAAAAAAAUAUUCAGAUUCUCGAGGUUAUUCUAUAAAUGCCCAACGAACGUUGCUUGAGAGUGAUUCUCCAUGUCUUCUACAGCAUGUAAGGAUCAACUGCUUUUAUGGUGUAUUUGCUUUGCCGAAAAUGAUUCUGAGCAGUACUUGUCUUCAACGCUUGGAACUCUAUGCUAUUCAGUCUCCCUUAGCAUUUCCGAUAAAUGGCCUACCCACUUCAUUGCGGUCACUUGAUAUUGUUAGAUGUAAGAGGUUGGCAUUCAUGCCUGCUGAAACGUGGAGCAAUUACACGUCGCUUGAGAGUUUGUGGUUACGUAGUAGUUGCGAUGCACUUAAAUCAUUCACACUUAAUGGUUUCCCUGCCCUGCAAAGACUUAACAUUACUGAUUGUGCGAACCUAGAUUCCAUUUGUAUUUCAGAAAGUCCUUCACACCGCCCUUCGAGCCUUCGAUCACUUACAAUCAUAUGCCAUGACUCAAUUGAAUCACUUAAAGUCAAUCUUCGGAUGGACACGCUCACUGCUCUUGAAGAGCUGUCUCUUCAAUGUGCAAACUUGUCAUUUUGUGAACUUGUUUGCCUACCUCCCAAGUUACAAUCAAUUAAGAUUCGGUCCCAGAGAACAACUCCGCCUGAAACGGAAUGGGGUCUCCAAGGCCUCGCUUCUCUUUCAAGCUUCAGUAUUGGAGGCUGUGAUGAUAUUGUUAACACCUUAUUAAAGAAGUCGCUGCUACCCAAAUCCAUUGUGUCUCUCUUUAUAACUUAUCUCUAUGAAAUGAAGUCCUUUGAAGGAAAUGGGCUUCAACGCCUCUCGUCUCUUGAAAAUCUCCACUUUCGUAAUUGUCAACAGCUCGAGUCAUUUCCAGAAAACUGUCUCCCUUUGUCGCUGAAAUCGCUUCAAUUAUGGAGUUGUGAAAGACUUGAAACAUUACCAGAAGAAAGCUUCCCUGGCUCUCUUAAGCGGCUGGUCAUUUGGCGAUGUCCCGUAUUACAAGAAAGGUAUAAAAGGCAGGAGCAUUGGUCCAAAAUUGCUCACAUCCCUGUCAUAGAAAUAGAAGCCCAAGUCACAAUAUGAGCCAUGGUAAAGUAAAGAGAAUCGAAGACAGUGAGGCAUGCUAUUAUUGUCAUGAACAUCAAUCUUUUAACUAGUUUUAGGAGCAACUAUUAAUUUUAAGAGUUACUUUCUGUAAUUUAUUUGUUUGAUGUAAUCAGAUGAGUUGUUUCUUUUAUAAUCCUUUUGUUUGAGAUUAGAUUUUGUUA